UCUUCCUUUCACUUUAUUCUCUACAUGUUCUCCUCCUUGUCCUUCCCUUCCCUCCUUGUUCUCAUGCUUGUUAUUCCUCUCUGCCGCCUCACAGAUAUUAAUGCCCAGGCCCGGAAGCUCCAGAGGAACAGGGCUAAGGGGACACUGACCCUGCCCCGCUCCAGCAAUUCAUCGUUCUGCCGCAGCCUCAGCGAAACAAGCCUUAAUCAGCUUGGAGUGGGAGAAGAGCCCAAACGAUAUUAUUCCACCUUGCCAGGGCCACUGAGGGGUCGAGAACGUGACGGACCCUCCAGCAACCGGAGGAAAGAAGAGGGCAGUCAGGGAGCAGGAGGGGUGAGGCACUCUCUCUACCAGUCCCCCCAUCUUCUUCUGCUACAAGGAUUCAAUCGGCAGGACUGCCUGGUUUAUCUUCUGAACAGGGAGCAGCACACAGUGGGUCAGGAGACCCCAUCAGCCCGCCCCAACAUAUGCCUCUUCUCACCUGACAUCCUUCCCCUCCACUGCCGGUUGCGCCGAGUCCCUGCACCACAUCAUCAUACCAACAGCAACAAGGGAGACGAUUUGGCAGAGAGUCACCGUUUCUGUGUAGCUGUUGAGCCUGUACUCAACGCCACUGUGCUGGUGGAACUUUCCCGCUGUGAGCGCACAACGACGCUGCGACAUGGCGACCUUCUCUCCUUUGGAGCACAUUACAUCUUCCUCUACAAGGACCCCACGGGCGCCAAGCCCCUGCCUGCUCAAACCUUGGCACGGCUGCGCACAUUGGGGCAGCUUUAUGAUACAGGGGUAGAUGAGGGGGAGGAUGGGACUCAGACUUGUAAAAUGUGCGGUUCUGUACUGAAGGACAAAACCGCACAAGUGGUUAGUGCAGCAGUUAGACGUAGCUUCAAGCCACACCUGGUGAAACCUCGCGGUGUUGGGAUGGUGUCAGGAGGUGAAACAGCAGGACGAGGAGGAGGAGGUCAAAAAAGAAAGCUACAGCUGGAGUUUGACCAAGCUCAUGAGGACCAGCUGUUGAAUAGAAUCGUCUCUCUCAUUGAACCUGGAGGAGACGACCAUAAGCUGACGCCUGCCUACCUAUUGUGUCUGUGUAUACAACACUCUGCAUCGACCUUCCCUCCUGGCAGCUUCGGCAAACUGCUGCUGAAGAUCGUCCGUCGAAUCCAAACCAUUGCAUGGGAGAAGACAAAGGAGCUGGCUCAGAAGCAAGCUCAGCAUCAGGACCCAGCCUCCUUGUCUUUACUCAGCAUCUCAGACCUGAUCCCAGACUUGCAGACCAUCUUCUUCUGGAUGUCAAACUCAAUUGAGAUCCUCUACUUUAUCCAGCAAAGGGCGCCAGCCUACACACACAGCAUAGAGAUGCUGCAAGGGUCAAAGGAGUCGUUGUUAUCGGCGACCAUAACAGCCAAUGAAGAGGCUAUGACUAUCUUGGAGGAAGUUAUCAUGUACACAUUCCAGCAGUGUGUCUAUUACACUAAGGCUCUUUAUGUGGUGUUGCCUGGUUUAUUAGACUGUAAUCCAUUCCCAGUCGACAGCUCUGAGCCCUGCUGGAAAGGAGGUGUCGGGUUUCCUGAACCUGUCCGCAGAGUCCUGCAGGUUUUUCAGAGUGCACAGGAGCUUCUGCACGGUUACCUGGUUCACCCGGAGAUCCAGGCUCAGAUGUUUGCUUACCUCUUCUUCUUCUCCAAUGUUUCACUGCUUAACCAGUUACUGGACAAAGGUCCAGCCCGGGGUUGGUUCCAGCGUUCAAAGUCACUGCAAAUCCAGGCGUGUUUGCGAAUGCUGAUGGAAUGGGCAACCAAGUCCGGUCUGGGACAUCUGGCUGAAAAGUUCUUCACCAAACUCAACAGUACUGUGUCCAUAGUGGCCACGCCCCCACAGCAGCUCACACAGUUGAGUUGGCGAGUGUUGUCCAGUGAGCACCCAUCUCUGAAACCAGUCCAGCUCCACAGGAUCCUCACCCAGUACCAGCUGACAGCAGAGAUAGGUCCUGUCCCAGUAUGGCAGCCCAGCAGUGAGGACGAAGCUUAUAUCUAUAGAUCAGUUGACCUCCUGGAAAGCUUUGAGAACCACCCGCCCAUCGUCCUGCCCAGCUCAGGGUUCAGAGUGGACCUGGACAGCGAGUGUGUGGAGGACAGCAUCUACAGACAGCUGCUCUAUGUCCGUCACUACCUGUGGGGUCUGAGGACCAAGACUCAAACUCACACCACCACUCCCAGUGUGCACACACAGUCCAAUGGAACCAACACGGCCGACUGGCCGGACAUCCAGAGGGAGCUGCUGCCUCCGGCCCACAGCAGCCCCCGCUCUGGGGGGGGCGCUGGGGAUGAGACGGCAGCAGAGGAGAGGGGACGAGACCGGCCCCCAGGCCAGACACAAACCCACAGCCUCAGAAGGAACGGAACCAUUCACCAUCCUCGUGCAGCCAAUUCGGACCCAUCCUGCCUCCUGACCCCACCCAACACCCCCCUGUACCCAGAGGGGGGAGGUGUAGCGGGUCCCAUUCUCUGCACCAGCAUUCAGGCUAAUGGCUGCUCAGCCAGAACUCUAGCAGAAUGUAAAAAGACAAACGGACUCCUCACAAAUGGACUGGAAGGAUGUAUUAGUGGCUGUGAGUUUCCUUUCCCUGUCUCCUCCCCCGGCGCUCCUUCCCUUGCUGAUGAUUUGUGUGUGGUGUUUGUAGUGGAACUCGACAAGGGACCCUACGGACUGGGAAUGGGACUCAUAGACGGCCUGCACACCCCCCUUAACGCUCCCGGUAUUUACAUCCGAACCCUGAUCCCCGACGGGCCGGCUGCAUCCGACGGCAGGCUGAGGAUCGGCGACCGCAUCCUGGCAGUGAAUGGGACCAGUCUGAUCGGAGCCGACUACCAGAGCGCUGUGGAUCUGAUUCGUCUGGGAGGGGGUCGACUGCGUUUCCUGGUAGCCAAGUCGGACCCCGAGGUCUCAGAGAAGAUCAGUGCCUCGUCCUGCUGACCACUGCCCCGCUAGCACCAUGACGCUGACACAUGUGCAAAGCUCAGCAGGGUUCACACAGCUAUGGCUUACAUGUAAAUAUCAGGUUGGGAAUCCUGAGUUUGUAAAUAGCAUCAGAGGGAUGUUCAUUAAUCAUCUCCAGGCAGCCUGGUGUUUAAAGCACAGGAGAUUCUUCUCAAUCUGUGGAAUAUUUCCAGCUCUAAAUCCAGAUGGAAAUAGUUUGAUUCAUUGCUCAGCUGUUGCUCUGAAGCAGCAGUUUGUAAAACUGGAGAGACAUCCUUCUGUUUAUGUCAAAGCAUUUGAUGACGUGCUUUUGGAAAGGAAUGUUUUAUAAAGUUGUUUGUUAGGAGUUCUUGACACCAUCAAACUUUUGUGAUUGAAUGUUUACUUUUUGUACCAGGCUUUGGAUGUAAAACACCUGAAGGUUCUGGCUGAGGAAGCUGAGUCCUGGUGGAAACAUUGAGCUUCAGGUCCUCAGUGCCGCUCUGUUCACACUGUAAAUAGUUGUAAAUAUUUUAUCAGCCAGAUGAACAGAAAGCAAUUUGGGAUUUAUUCCUGUUUGUGAGGAGAAAAAAAACUUAGACCUAUUGAUGGAAAAUGUUUUAUGGAA